AGCAAGCGGGAUCUUCUUUAAAGUCGUACCCCCAUGUCAGUACUUCCUCGCUGCUUUUUCGCACCCUUGAUCUCGACAAACGCAAAAAAAACAGUAAGGAAUACCGGUCUCUCCAGGUACAUCCACAGAUACUUACUAACUCUACAUCGGACAAUGGCAUCGGCAAGUGGCGAAGGGGGAGAUGGGAAACCCAAACAUACAAACCGUUUGCAGCACUCUAAAUCACCUUACCUACUGCAGCACAAGCACAACCCUGUUGACUGGUUUCCCUGGGGAGAUGAAGCAUUUGACAAGGCAAAAAGUGAAAACAAACCUAUUUUUCUAUCUGUGGGCUAUUCCACCUGUCACUGGUGCCAUGUGAUGGAAAGAGAAUCUUUUGAGAGUGAAGAGAUCGCGCAGAUCCUCAAUGACAAAUUUGUUUCAGUUAAAGUGGAUCGUGAAGAAAGGCCUGAUGUGGACAAAGUUUAUAUGACUUAUAUUCAGGCUAUGACUGGUGGUGGAGGCUGGCCAAUGAGUGUUUGGCUAACUCCAGACUUGAAACCAUUUGUGGGUGCAACAUAUUUUCCUCCUGAAGACCAGGUUGGCGGCCGCCCAGGAUUUAGGACAAUUCUUAACCACAUUUCUAAGCAGUGGGAGCAAAACAGGGAGAAGCUAACACAGCAAGCAAAUAUAAUUUUAACUGCUAUCCAGCAACAUACAGGUGAAAUGCACAAAGGUAGCGAGACAGAAGGUUUGCCAAGUACAGACUGCAUUGACAAACUACUAAAUGACAUGAGCACAAGUUUUGAUGAAGAAUAUGGUGGAUAUGGAGGGGCACCAAAGUUUCCUCAAGCCUCCAAUUUCAACUUUCUCCUAAGAUAUUCCUCCUAUAAGACUGGGUCUGAAGAUGGAAAGAAGGCCCGUGGUAUGGUCUUGAAGACUCUGGAAUUCAUGGAUAAGGGUGGAAUACAUGAUCAUGUUGGACAGGGUUUUCACAGAUACUCAACAGAUCGUUUCUGGCAUGUUCCUCAUUUUGAGAAGAUGCUGUAUGAUCAGGCACAGCUGGCUGCUCUGUAUGCUGAUGGAUUCCAGGCCAGCAAAAAUGACAAGUUUGCAGAAACUACAAGAGACAUCUCGUUGUAUGUUAUGCGUGACUUAAGCCACAAGGCAGGUGGUUUCUUCUCUGCUGAAGAUGCUGAUUCCUUACCAAGUCAAAGUGACACUCACAAGCAAGAAGGAGCCUUUUGUGUUUGGGAGGAAAAAGAGAUCAGAGACUUGUUAUUAGAGGAACGGGUUACAACCAAAUCUGGCGAGAAGGUUCCUGUGUCCUUCAUGUUCUUAAAACACUAUGGUGUGGAGAGUGAGGGAAAUGUCAAACCUCACCAGGAUCCUCAUAAAGAACUUCGAGGCAAGAAUGUUCUUAUUGUGCGGGGCAGUUUGGAAGAGAGCGCUCGAAUAUGUGACGUUGACGAAGCGGAGGCAAAAGAGCAGCUUGCCAGAGCUCGAGAAAUUCUCUUCGAGGAACGACGGAACAGACCACCUCCUCACUUGGACACUAAAAUGAUCACUGCUUGGAACGGCUUAAUGAUCUCCGGUUUGGCGCGUGCAGCCCAAGUUCUGGGUGAAGAUGUGUACGAGAAAAGAGCAGCAAAAGCAGCGGAGUUCGUGAAGAAACAUUUGUUCGAUAAGAAAUCCGGGAAGCUCUUACGGAGUUGCUAUCGAGGCGAGGGCGGCGAGGUUAUGCAGAUAGAUACACCAAUUGACGGGUUUGCAGACGACUAUGUGUUCAUGAUUCGCGGAUUAUUAGACCUGUAUGAGGCUUCUUUGGACGAGCAGUGGUUGGAAUGGGCCGUAACGUUACAAGCCAAAUUAGACGAACUGUUUUGGGACAGUGCAGGAGCUGGGUACUACAUGGCGACCUCUGAUGAUCCUUCUAUUCUUGUUAGGAUGAAGGAAGCUCAAGAUGGCGCGGAGCCCAGUGCUAACUCCACGUCUGUUGGUAACUUGAUUCGAUUGUCCAGCUUUGUAGAUCAGAAGUCUUACAUAACCAGGGCAGAGGAAAUCAUAAAGGCGUCCGUAACCCUCCUUUCCAAGAUUCCUCUCGCUCUCCCUGAACUAGUGUCAAAUUACAUCAUGUAUCUUCAACCUAGAAAACAGAUUAUUAUUGCGGGCGAUCGAGACUCACAAGACACUAAGGAUCUCCUAAAGUGCGUCCACUCCCAUUACAUGCCAAACAAAGUCCUCAUGCUAUGUGAUGGUAAACAAGACGGGUUCCUGGCAUCCAAGCUCUCUGUGUUCAAGACAUUGGAACGGAAGGAUGGCAAAGCCACAGCUUACGUGUGCGAGAAUUACACUUGCUCGCUUCCCGUGAACUCUGUCGAGGAACUAGAAAAGAUUCUCUCUAAAUAAGUGUUGCAGUGUGGUUCCCACCGUGUUACAGUUCUCGUUCAAUAACGUCGGAGCUUAUCAACUUUCCUUACAACUAAACACCAUUUUCGAAAAGAUAGGCUUAGACCGCAGGACUAGCGAAAUGUUUUGUGUUUUUGGUCGAGCGUGGGCAGGUGCGAGGCGCACGCGAAGGUUAAAUCACACGCGAGAAGAAGCGCGGAAACACGACUUCUUGUUGGUUAAA